AUGUCUUGGGCAGGCUUCAAAAAGAAUGUCAACCGUGCUACUACGCAGGUGAUGAUGAAGACUGGACAUGUGGAAAGGACAAACGAUCGCGACUAUGAGAUUGAAGAACGACGAUACCGAACUAUGGAGACGGCGGCCAAUCGGCUGCAAAAGGAGGCAAAGGGAUAUCUGGAUUCGUUGCGAGCGAUGACUGCAUCGCAAAUGCGUAUUGCUGAGACUAUCGAUGCCUUCUACGGAGAUGCCGGAACUAAGGACGGUGUGAGCCGUAGCUAUAAGCAAGCUGUUGAGGAUCUGGAUGCCGAGACGAUCAAGGCUUUAGAUGGACCAUACCGAACCACCGUCCUCGACCCCAUCUCCCGCUUCUGUGCAUACUUCCCCGAUGUAAACGAAUGUAUCAAGAAGCGCAAUCACAAACUCCUCGAUUACGACGCCAUGCGCGCAAAGGUAAAGAAGCUCGUCGAAAAGCCCGAUAAGGACGCUACAAAGCUACCGCGUACAGAGCGUGAAGCCGAAAUCGCCAAACAGGCAUACGAGCAGUUGAACGAGCAGCUAUUCACCGAGCUGCCGCAGCUUAUUGAUCUCCGUGUUCCGUAUCUCGAUCCAAGCUUUGAGGCACUUGUUAAGAUCCAGUUGAGGUUUUGUGCGGAGGCGUAUUCGCGAAUGGCGCAGGUGCAGCAGUAUCUUGAUGCGGAGACGAGAGAUCAAUAUGCUCGUGGUGAUUUGGAUAAUCGGGUUGAGGAAGUGUUGCAGGAGAUUCGCGAUUUAAGUAUUGCGGGAACUGUUUAA